GAUGCAUCAACUGCCCGUUUGAUGAACUGACACACGACAAACAAAAGCAUCAGCGUGGAAGAAAAACACAACACGGAUACAAAAUACAAAAUACUUUGUUUUUGCAUGUAAAGAAGAAAGGAAAUUCUGAUAUGGACACUCAGAUGAGGCAGCGGGUGUUUACUGGUGUGGUCACACAGAUGCAGGAGCAUCAUGGGAUUGUGGAUAAGGAGGUUCAUUUCCCAGUGAGUGUUGUCGUGGGUCGUGUGCCGGUGGUGGGUGAGAAAGUCCUGGUGAAGGCAGUUCAAGACCCAUUAAAAUCCAUCAGCUGGACGGCUCAGAGAGUUCAGACCCUUAAUGGACAGCCCUUCAAAUCUCCUCCUCCACUGUUGCCGUCCAUGUCAACAAAUCCAAAGCCUGGAAUUCUGGGAAACAAACCACAACCGCUACUGAAAUCUCCCAAAAUCCCACCACUGAUUCCCAGCAUGCAGCCAAGUCCUGGUGGUAUGAUCCAGAUGUCCCAUCACCAACAGAUGCUGUGGAACGGUCCGUUUGAAGGCUGGAGCGGGGGGAGAAAGAGACAUUUGGAGGUCAUGGGUGGACGUAGAGGCGGGCGCUGGGAGGACAACAGCGGAGGGCCGUGGGGAGCAGACCCCGUCCACCAGAAGAGAAAAAGAUGGAGGGCCGUCUCAGAAGAGGAAGUGCCCAAAAAGACCGCCUCUAUAAUCACACACAGCAAUCCUCUUUUCUCCUGUUUCUCCAGAGACACCCAGUCCUGUGACCCUCUGGAGCUACAGCGGAGAUACCCACACCUCCAGAUGCCCUCGAACCUCUUUCAUCUUCAGGUGUCCUGGAUCGAGAGUUUCCCACCGAACCAGCCUUUGCGUCUGAUGGGUCCGUGUCUGUUUCACGUGGGGUCACACCAGCCUGCGACCGAAACAGUUGCCAGCGACUCGACAGAUUCCACGUUCACUGUGAAGGUUCUGUUACUUUCAAUGCCACAUCUUGAGGACUUUUAUUCACUGUGUUGUAAACUCUCAAAAGACGGUCAGACACAAAAGGAGUCUGUACACCCAACAACACUACUCAAGUUCUUGUUGAUUGACAGCGGAGGAGAACUGCAGCUCCCAGGAGGCUCCUGGUCACCUAAAGUAGACGGAGCAAACCCUGGGAAGGACAGCCAGACUCUGGUCAACACUGCGGUCCGCUGCGUGAGGGAUCAGAUUGCUCUGGACCUCUCAGCGUGCACACAGUGGCACCGGAUGGCCGAGCUAAGAUAUCUGUCUGAAGGCAAAAUGGAGACGGUCGUGGUGUUUUUGCCGGAUGUGUGGACUUUAGUGCCGACAGAGAAAGAAUGGACGCAGUUACAGCAAGAACAGCAGGAUGAUGAAUCGUCUCUUCCUGACGUCCCGUCUUUGGUUUUUAAUCCUGCGGCUGGUCUGAAUCUGUCUGUGGUGAGUCUGUCAUCAUUGUUGGAGCCACAGACCUCUCAGGCGAGAGACAACUAUGAGGUGAGUCUGAUGGUGGAGCUGUUCAGCGAAAUGCUGCAGAGGGAUUUUGGACUUCAGCUGUAUCAGUGUCUCUGGAGUCUGCCGCAGGGUCCUAGUGUCCCACCCGGUUCACAGAAAGAGGACAGCAGUUCAUCUACGGAAGACGAGGCCAAAAAAUCUGACAGCAAGAAGCAAGCGAAAAAGAAAGGAGUGACGGACUCAAAGAAGAGACAAGGAAAACAGGCGGAUGAGCAGGGAGACACAGAUGAGGUCUCAUUGAGGGAUGAGACAGCUGAUAAACAAACAGAGAGUAAAUUUCAAAACACAGGAGGAGGAGACGCUCAGACCAGCAGUGCAUCAGACAAUCAGACUUCCAAUGAUCGUCCUCCAGGCUGGACUGCAGAACUUCCUCGCAGAGUUCUUCUGGCUUGGACGUUCUUCGAUCGGCAGUUAAUAGGAAGUGUCCGUGAACAAGACCUGCUCAACAUCUUCCUGUCUCUUGGCCUGUAUCUCAGUCCUGCUCAGGCACUGGAUCUGGUCAGGAAGACAGCGCUCAGUGGGGUUUGUGUCUACAGAAAUCUCUGCAGUCGCUGGACAGAUACGGAUCACGCAGACGACAGCAUCAGUGCUAAAGGUAAUAAAGAGAUGUUGCCCGGUCAGCCGUGCAUAGAGAAAGGCUCCGCUCGGCGCUCCUCUGUUAGUCAUAACACAGAUGUGGUGAACUACAGAGGAAAUGUCAUUAACAUACCAAACCUGCUGCAGUCUUUAGAGAGCAGCCGAACGGCCCAACGUGAACUAGAGAAACAAAUCGCAACGCUACACUCCAGACUAGAGGAAGCAGAGGCACGGCAGUCGUCUAAUCAGCAGGAUCAAACCCAACAGGAAGAGAUGAAGAGGAAUUUAGAAAAAGCCGAGAUGCUCAACAAAACGUACGAGAAGAGUUUAAGAGAAAACGCCAGCCAGAUGAUCAGUGUCAUUGAGAAGAUGCAGAAAAUGGUUGAACAGACGGCUACUCUUACAACUACACAGGACGGAAAAGACAAGAAGAUGUAGAUGCCCGGCACGCUGGUUAAAUUAUAAUGCAGUUGUGUUUGGACCGGUGAAAAGACCUGUGAAAUAAAUGAAAGUUUAGUGUCUCUUUUUUUUGUUUGCUUUAAGUAAAAGCUUCUCGUCUUUUAUUGAAAUUGUUAUAGUGCACAUAGAUAUGCAAAUUAGGUCAUACAGUUUAACCAUGACUUAGUGAACUAUUUAAAAAGGUUAUUAUUUUUUAACAAACCAAAUGCUUUGUGUAUGUUAGAAGCAAAAUGUGACAUCUAAAAUCAUUUGAUUGUUUGUAAAGUGUGAAUAUGUGCUUUAUUUAUUUAGUUUAUUUAGUUUUUUUAAGGCAGCUAUCAAAGUAUGAUCCUUCCAUGAAACUGACAAUCUCAUAAACAAAAAUGCUGACACAAAAUAUAUAAUCCCAUACGGUUUUACCCAUUGUCACUUAGUCUAAGCCUUUAGUCUAAGCCUUGUCUGUGAACCCGGGCUAUUAAGUGUUUUUAUAUAGUCUAGUAUUUAAUCUAGACUAAAAGAUAAUCCUAGUUAAGUUAUUCAGGUGCUGACUUGUGUAAUCCACCAGUAUUUUUAACGGUUUGAUGCAGAGCCCCGCCUUUAAACUCAUUAAGUUAAUGUACUGUUAAAAAACUAAGAUGGAGGUAUGAAACUAUUUAAAUUGGGCUGGUUUGUGAACCGUAAGAUAUUUUGUUUAGGAUGUAAUUGGAAAAAUUAUUAAAUGUUUUUGUGUUUUUCUCAGGGACUCUAUAUGUUCUGAUUGCCUGUUUCUGAAAAAUUCAAAGGAUUUAAUUGUCUUCCAUAAUCUAAAGAAAUUUAAUUAUUAAAGUGAUACAUGAGUAAAGUUGACAACACAGAUUAUACGCCAUGUUAUGAAUUAAAUCAUGUUUUUCCACCUAAAAUGUCAAAGUUCAGUAACAAAUUUAUGACCAAUAAAUUUUAAAACCUUA